GGGAUCUCCUUAAAUGCCUCCAGAUCAGCUUUUGGUUCAGUAGUGACAGCCUUAGUCUUGGGUUAGUGACCAUAGUUGACAGGGUCUUAUCCUGUGGUCCUUAGGAAGUCAGUCAGUAGGUUUGUGUCCGGGUAGGUCCAAAUGGUGAGGAGGGGGACCUUUGUCGUGCACCUGACACCACCAUGGUAGACACCCGGGGCGGCACCUCCACCAUGCCGUACACAAAGGAGGAGGAGGCGAAGAUGGCUGCCAUCUUGCAGGAGAGGAAGGAGAAGAAGGAGGCCAAGAAGAAGGCCUUGAAGGAGGAGCAGGCGGCCAAAUUGAAGAAGAUAGAGGAAGAGAUGGCCAGAGAGAAGGAGAGAAUAAAGAAAGAAGAAGAGGAGAAGUUGAAAGAGGUGGAAGAGGAAGAAGAUGAGGGACCGCCACUAGAAAGAAGGAGAGGGCACCACAGUGGCAACAGGGAUGAUGAGAUGGAAAAACGGAUUUCAGAGUGGGUUGCUAACUUGUCCUUGGGAGAGGAGGAAGAAGUGACUAUGUAUAUCCCUAAAGAUGACCAGGAAGCCGCCCUGAAGAAAUGGGAAGCAGAAAGGGAUGUGCUAAAGCGACAGGCGAUGGAGGAUGAACAGUGGAAACUCGCGAUGAUGAGAGAGAAGAAGAGAAGGGUGGAGGCGGGAAGUGAGGCGGUCAAGGAAUUAGAAGAAGUGCAGAAACUAAGCCUAAAGUUAACCCCUCAGGUAGACCUCGAACGAAAGGUAGAGAUCCUUGCCCAGAGCGUUGAGCGGUUAGCAAAGUCGAAGCCAGGACAUAGUUGUGCGCUCGAUGCGAAUGGGAUUCUAGGACUUUGCGCGCGAAUUGAUAGGAGCCAUAGCAGCCGAGUGGCAGCUCCAAAGAAGGAGGAACCACGCCCGCCGCGUAGAGAGCCAGUCAAGGUCAAAUUCCCUGAUUCCUAUAGUGGGAAAAGGGAAGAGAACUUUGACAAUUGGGAAACCAACGUUAAGACCUAUGUGCAUCUGCAACAGGUCUCCCCAGAUCAGCAUGUCCUGAUCGCGAUCCAUGCGCUUAAAGAUGAGGCCGCCAAUUUUGCAAGGUCCCUAGUGCGCGCCGCUAACUGCAAUGAUGAUCCAGUUGCCUAUUCGUCCUUUACCUUCCUCACUGAGUUUAUGAGAUUGCUGCGCGAGCGAUUUGCAAAUGCCGCUCGAAGUGUCAAGGCCUCAGAUAGGCUCCAGACAAUCCACGCUCGUAAGUGGAAGAGUGCCAGGGCACUCAAGAGAACGAUGGAUGAACUAAUCGUUGUUCCUGACCAUGGGGUCACAGACACCCAAUUGGUCGGCCUCUUCUACCGGGCUAUCCUCGAAGCCUUGCGAGGGUACUUCUUCGCGAAGAGCGAAGAUCCGGCCACUACCUAUGAUUCUCUUAGUCGUGAGGCGGUGGCCUUUGAAGCCAAGUCUGCAUCUGUGUCUACCUUCUGGCACAAAGACUUGGACAAGGGAAAACAAUGGAAAGGCCACACUAUCUCAGGGCAGGUGAAGACUAAGGAUAGCCUUGUCCUAACUCUAGAUGAGGGUAGUGUGGAUGAGGUCCCCUACGACCAGAUUGAGUGGGGGUUAGAGGAAGAUGACAGCGGUGUGGGUCAGGGCAGAACUUACGCUGCUGUCGCGGCCGGAGGGAGGCCGCAAGGAGGAGGACGAGGCCAGGGCCAAGGGGGCCGGGCCUCAGGGAGCCGAUUUCAGGGCGAUCAGGGGGUUGGCGGCAGAGGAGGAAACCGCCAAGCGGGAGGCAGGGGUCAAGGUCCCCCGCAAAACCGUCYUAGAAACAGGUCUCCCUAUAGGCACCGUAUUGAGAUAGAGCCUGGCAGUAGAACUCCUAAGGGUGCGGUGUACAGGAUGUCCCCACGGGAGUUAGAGGAGCUUCGCAAGCAGUUAGAUAAGUUCCUCGAGAAGGGUUGGAUUAGGCCCAGUUCGUCUCCUUUCGGAGCGCCUGUCCUCUUUGUUCCUAAGAAAGAGGGAGAGCUGAGAAUGUGCAUAGACUAUAGGGGUCUGAAUGCUAUUACAGUAAAGAAUGUCGAGCCACUGCCUAGGAUAGACGAUCUCUUAGAUCGAGUGCAGGGGGCGAAGUAUUUUUCCAAGAUAGAUUUGAAGUCCGGGUAUCAUCAGAUAGAGGUGCAUCCUGAUGAUCAGUAUAAGACAGCCUUCCGGACUAGAUAUGGGCACUAYGAGUUCAUAGUGAUGCCCUUUGGACUAACCAAUGCGCCAGCUACGUUCCAGCGCUGCAUGAACGAUUUGUUUAGGCCGUGGUUAGACAGAUUUGUUGUAGUUUACUUAGAUGACAUCUUAGUGUUUAGCCGGACCCUUGAAGAGCAUCAGGGUCAUCUCAGGCAAGUCUUGGAGAAGCUGAGGGAAGCUAACUUCAAGAUCAAUGCAAAGAAGUGCGAUUGGGCGAAGACCCAAGUUUUGUACCUAGGCCACGUCUUAGAUGGAGACGGCAUUAAGCCAGAGGAUAGCAAGAUUGCAGCGAUUAGAGAUUGGCCCACGCCACGUACACUGACAGAGUUGCGCUCGUUCCUGGGCUUAGCUAAUUACUACCGGAAGUUCGUGAGGAACUUUUCCACUAUCGCUGCGCCCCUUCGCAGAUUACUCAGGAAGGAGACCAUCUGGAAGUGGGACAAGGACUGCACGUCUGCCAUGAAAAAGUUGAAGCAGGCAUUGAUAGAGUACCCGGUCCUUAAGGUAGCCGACCAGUCCUUGCCUUUUGUCGUCACUACGGAUGCUAGCCAGUACGGCAUAGGCGCGGUGUUGCAGCAAGACGAUGGCAAUGGGUAUAGACCCGUAGAGUUCAUGUCCGCCAGGAUGCCUUCAGAGAAGGUCGCGACAUCUACCUAUGAGAGGCAACUCUACGCUCUCAGGCAAGCGUUAGACCAUUGGAAGCACUACUUGCUUGGGAGGCACUUCAAAGUCUACUAUGACCAUGAAACGUUACGAUGGUUAAAGACGCAGGCCAAGAUGACACCUAAGCUAACUAGGUGGGCCGCAGAGAUAGACCAGUACGACUUCGAGCUCAAGCCUGUCAAAGGGAAGUACAACGUAGUCGCGGAUGCUCUGAGUAGAAGGGCGGAUUACUUUGGGGCGAUAGUGCAUUAUCUUGAUAUAGGGAAGGACCUGCAGCAGAGGGUUAAAGAAGCGUACGCGCAGGAUCCUAUCUAUAGUGACCUCCUUAAGAAAGUCAAAGAGGCCCCAGAGACUGAGCCGAACUACCGCACAACUGAAGGGUUACUGUUUGAGAAGACUAAUGUCUUUGACCGGUUGUGCAUUCCCAAUAGCGAAGAGAUCCGUAGUCUGAUCUUGGGAGAAUGCCACGACACAGAGGGUCAUUUUGGUUGGCAGAAGACUUUAGCCAACCUAAUGCGCGCAUAUACCUGGCCAGGGAUGAAGAAUGACUGCGUAGAGUAUGUUCGCAGUUGUAAGGUUUGCUAGCGUAACAAGAGUUCUACGCGCGCCCCGCUAGGUCUUCUCAGACCCUUGCCCAUUCCGGAGCAGCCGGGGGACUCAAUGUCCAUCGACUUCAUGGACACUCAAGUCAAGAGCAGGCAUGGCAAGAGCCAAGUCAAUACGCAGUUUUUGUUCCUUUGCCUUCAGAGGCACGUACUUAUUUAGUCAUAUAGAGAUUCUUUGACUGUUGGUUUAGUGAGAAUGGAAUCCCGCUGUCAAUAGUUAGUGAUAGAGAUAGUCGCUUCACCAGCCAGAACUGGCAAGAACUCAUGGGAGUAUAUGGGUCUAAGUUAUUGAUGUCGUCCGGCCGUCAUCCAGAGACUGACGGUCAGACAGAGCAAAUGAACAAGAUCCUACAGC